CUUUCCCCGCGCGCGGCGGCGCCAUGGCGGACGGCGAGGCGGCGGGGGGGCUUUCAGCUCGGGGAGCCGGCAUUGCUGGCAGCGCAAAGGGGCUGCUGCAGAAGGGCUUCGACAUGUACGUGCGAGAUCCGUUCGACGCCGCUCACAACCCUCAGGGCAUUUUGAAUUUCGGAACAAGUGAGAACAAGCUUUGCUUUGAUUUAAUACAGGAAAGGCUUGUAAAACCUGACAUGGCUUAUCUGGAACCUCACUUACUUCAGUAUUCGGAUACACAAGGCAUUAAAAGUUUUAGAGAAGAAAUUGCAAAGUUUCUUACUGAAUAUGCAAAAGCUCCAACAGCACUAGAUCCAGAUCAUUUUGUAGUUUUGAAUGGCUGCUGUGGUGUCUUUGCUACGCUUUCAACUGUGUUAUGUGAUCCUGGAGAUGGGUAUCUGAUUCCUACCCCGUAUUAUGGUGGAAUAAACUCCAAAAUGUGGCUGUAUGGUGGAUUGCAACCUAUCCAUGUGCCCUUGUUCAGUGAGGUGACUAAUGAAGAAAGUCGACCAUUUCAGUUAACCAUUGAAAAAUUAGAAACUGCGCAUCAGAGAGCCAUAGAACAGGGCAUCAGAGUCAGAGCAUUAAUCCUGAUCAACCCUCACAAUCCAUUAGGGGACAUUUACCCAGCACAGUUACUGAAAGAAUGUCUAGACUUUGCACACAGACAUAAAUUACAUGUAAUUAUGGAUGAAAUUUAUAUGCUGUCUGUAUAUGGUGAUACCACAUUCACAAGCAUUCUUAGCUUGGAGAGUUUACCAGAUCCAGAUCGGACACACUUGAUGUGGGGAUUUAGUAAGGAUUUUGGCAUGUGUGGCAUCAGAGUUGGAGUAUUAUACACCAGAAAUCAUGAGGUCAGGAAAGCAGUUAAUCAGCUGGCUGUUUUCCAUGGUUGUCCAGGACCAGUGCAAUAUGUUCUCAGCCAGUUCCUUCGUGACAGAGAAUGGCUGGAUAAUGUGUUUUUCCCAACCAAUAAAAGAAGACUUAAGGAAGCACAGAACAUUCUUGUGGAUGGCCUUGCGGAGAUGGGAAUACCUGUUUUAAAAAGCUCAGGAGGAUUAUAUGUGUGGGCUGACUUCAGAAAAUUCUUAAAGUCACAGACAUUUGAAGCUGAAAUGGAUUUAUGGUGGAAAAUUCUUGGUGAAAAGCUGCUCAUUAGUCCUGGGAAAGCCUUUUGCUGUUAUGAACCUGGAUGGUUUAGGCUGGUCUUCUCAGAUUCUAUAGACAGAAUCUACCUGUGUAUUCAGAGACUUCACCAAAUGCUACAUGAUAAAAUAGAUGAACCUGUAGCUUCAUCUCCUGAAGAAAAUGAGCAUAUUGAGUUAGAUGAUGAAACUUCAGCCAACUACAUAAAUACACCAGUGGAUGAUGUCUCAGAAGGAUUUUCACACUUGAAGAAAAUAGCUGUCUUCUAAGAACCUGAAUGCUAAAACAAAGCAUGGCAUAUUUAUAUUUACUGUAACUCUGACUCCCCUUUGUUUUGUUGUUUUGUUUAGUAUGGCAGGCAUGCAUUUACAUUUUGUUGUAACCUAUGGUUACUAAUUUGACUAUGGAGAUUCUACUUACUGGCAACCUGGCGGACUUUUUCUCCUAUAUUCUCCUCAUUGGAAUACUUAGUUCUGUUCCUCAGAACACUAUGGGCCAAAUUAGAUGCAACAGUGACUUCUACCCAGCUGUUUUCCCCCCCUAGAGGAAUUACAAGGCUAAAGGUAACCCACUAGGACAAAAAUAGGUGGGUAAGGUGCAAGGGAAGCAUCAUUGGAGGAGGGAGAGGUUCAGCACCUCCCAUUUGUUCCCAGGCUACUGUAAUAUUGACCAUGCUUUUAUAGGAGUUUAAACUAAGCCACUCUCCUCCUCUCCCCCUUUGUAGAAUUCAAAUUAGGUCAUGCCACCAUCUUAUUUUCAAGUAUUUGAAUUUCAUUCAUAUUCAGGUCAAGCAUGUGACUGGUGCGUUGAACAUCUGCAGAUUAGAGCUGAAUCUUGCACAUUAUCUUGCAUAUAUCUCCUGGUUCAUACAGGGCAAUGGAUAGCUCAGUUGGUUAGAGUGUGGCACUGAUAACACCAAGGUUGUAUGUUCAAUCACUGUAUGGAAUAGUUGCAUAUUCCUGCAUUGCAGGGAGUUGGACUUAGAUGAUCUUCAGGACCCAACUCUACAAUUCUAUGAUUCUAAACAUUGGUCCACUGAGACAAAAGCUAUAUACUUUGUAUGUAAAUAUAUUAGAAAAUGUUACUCAGUUGAUAAUUGGCUGUUGAUAACUGGUUGCCAACUUGCAGACUGUUUUUAUAAUGCACAGGAAGUAAUCUAAAACACAGACGCUUGGGCUUUCUAUAUGGGUGUUACCACUGUAACUGCUUUCUAAGAAAGUGUCUAAAUCUUGUUUUCAUUCUGUUGCUUAAAAGGGUUUAUUUGUA